AUGGUUGAGCAAACACUAAACAUGCCAAACGGGAUUGUGGCCCCGCGAGUUGUGGUGGUAGUGUGCCUGUUGAAAGGGAAGAAGGUGCUGUUAGGACGCCGUCGUUCCUCCAUUGGCGACUCCAAGUUUUCCCUUCCUAGCGGCCACCUCGAGUUUGGUGAGAGCUUUGAGGAGUGUGCAGCAAGAGAACUGAAGGAAGAAACUGAUUUGGACAUCAAGAAUAUAGAGCUGCUGACUGUCACAAACCAUGUGUUCCUCGAGGAAGCGAAGCCGUGCCAGUACGUGGCGAUUGUGACCAGAGCAGUGUUGGCAGAUGAAGAUCAAGAGCCCCAGAAUAUGGAGCCUAACAUGUGCGAUGGUUGGGAUUGGUAUGAGUGGGACAAUCUCCCUAAACCACUCUUUUGGCCUUUGGAGAAGGCGGUGCAGGCUGGAUUUAAUCCCUUCCGUCCAUGAUCUAAUUCCUCCAGGCCGUUUUAAUUCUGUUAAAGAGAAAAGAACUAAUUAAUCUAUGUAUGCGUGAAUAAAUAUGCUAUCCAAAUCUCAUGUUAGAGAGGCUGCUCCGAAUUAGUAUUGGGAUGUUAUUAUAUAAUUGAAGGAAGUUGGGGUUUUACUGUAAAA